AUGGCUUCCCUUCAAUUCGGCGUCCUCGUCUAUGACUUCCAAGCUAUUGAUGUCAUAGGCCCAACAGAUCUGGUCAACUCAUCGAGCAAAGCAUACCUACAAGCCUGCUCAGGCUUUAUGAAGAUCGAUCCAGAAGUCCUCUGUCGCACAAGCGAUUUCACCUUCCACCACAUCGGCGUCACUCGCGAUCCCGUCAUCCUCGCGUCGAGCAGCAUCACCCUCGUGCCCUCGACUACCGUGGAUGAAUGCCCUGCACUCGACAUCUUACUUCUUGGCGGACCCGAUCCUGUCAAUUUUGAACUGCAUCCUAAGUUUGCAGACUUCAUUCGAAAUCAUGUUGCAGCUGGCAAACUGCUCUUUACUACUUGCACUGGGGCUGCCGUUGCUGCGGCUGCGGGUGUUCUAGACGGCAAAAGGGCUACGAUCAACCACGCAGUCAUUCCACUCGUCAAGCAAAAGUUUUCCAACGUCAACUGGACGGAUGAGAAGAAGUGGGUUGUUGAUGGAAAUUUCUGGACUGCGGGCGGCGCUGUGGCGGGGAUGGACAUGUUUGCGCAUUGGCUCAAGGAAAAGUUUGGAUCUGAUGUGCUUAUUCUUGGCUCCUCGCUUUUAGACUAUGAACCAAGGGAUAUUGACGGGAUGCUCAAUGUUUUGCCGAAAAGAUUUGACGAGAGUGGCAAGCAAUUGCCUACACACUCUUUCAACUAG